AUGAACACCAAGGGGCAAGCUGUUAACCUUAAAAUCCUUUUCAACCGUAUCGAGAUGUUAUUCGCGGAUCAAUUCAAGAUUCCAAGCAAGGAAGCGAUUCGCUUGUUGAUGAAGAAAAUGGGUUUCCGUUAUCAGGAUGUCGGGAGCAGUGGGAAUUUUGUCGAGACCAAAGAUAUCAAGUCCAAGAGCGGCACUACCUUCAAGAGCGACGGUCCGACAACUACUUCCCGUCCUAGUGCUACCAGCACCACUACCACCGCCAGUCAGCAAACAUUGGUGCCAUCUUCAAACUCUCAACAUCCAAGAACGAUGUCACCAGGGCCCCCAAGGUAA